AUGAAUUCGGACACAUCCACGUUCCACGCCGAUGCUUCGGGGACCGCUCCCAAGCAGACCGAGUACAUCCCCUUCCUAAAGCUGAACGACGGACAUGAAAUCCCCAUGCUCGGCUACGGUCUCGGGACAGCCAGAUUCAAACGGGGCAACGCAGACAAACUCGACGAGAACAUCAUCAACGACACCGUGACCGCCAUCAAAAAUGGCUACUACCACCUCGACGGCGCCGAGGCCUACGGCAACGAAGCCGAGCUCGGCGCCGCCAUCGCGCGCUCGGGCGUGGACCGGUCCAAGCUCUUCAUCACGACCAAAACAUCCUGCCGGGCGGGCGAGACGGUCGAAACGGCCUUCGCGCGGUCACUCGCCAAGCUCGGCGUCGACUACGUGGACCUGUACCUGAUCCACAGCCCCUUCUGGGCGCGCUCGCCGGCCGAGCUGCAGCAGAAGUGGGCCGAGAUGGAGGCCGUGCGGGCGUCGGGCCGCGCCCGCUCCGUCGGCGUCUCCAACUACCUGCGCGAGCACCUCGAGGCCACCCUGCAGACGCCCGGUAGUGCGGGUCCGCCGGCCGUCAACCAGAUCGAGUACCACCCCUACCUGCAGCACGACCCGGACGGCCUGCUGGCCUACCACCGCGACAAGGGCAUCGCCCUCCAGGCGUACUCGCCCCUGACGGCCGUGACCAAGGCCGCGCCGGGCCCUGUUGAUCCCGUGUAUGAGCGCCUCGCGGAAAAGUAUGGUGUCACCCCCGGGGAGGUUGCGCUCAGGUGGUGUCUUGAUCAGGGGAUUGUUGCCAUCACCACGAGCUCCAACGAGGAGCGGUUGAGGACUUGGAUGCAGAGGCUGCCGCUCUUUAAGCUGACGCCCAAGGAGGUGGGGGAGAUUGCGGAGAAGGGGAGGGAGAAGCAUUUUAGGGGGUUUUGGGGGAAGGAGUUUGCUGAGGAUGAUCGUCGUUAA